ACUAGAAGUAUUCAUUGCACUCAUAUUAUCCACUCUUUUGAUAAAAAGCUUAAUGGUUGGUUCCAAAGGAACCUAGACCAAGUAGGCAGAUUGAUUCUUAUUAAUCACGUCCUCAACACCAUCCCUAACUAUUUUCUUUCGGCCUCUACACUACCAAAAUCUAAUCAACAAAUCUUGGAGCAAAAAAUGGCUCAGUUUUGGUGGGGUGGUAAUAACAAGAAGCAUCAUUGGAUUCGGUGGAAGAAGCUUUGUCGCCCAAAGGAAGAAGGUGGCCUUGGAAUCAGAGACCUCAAGGCACUUGAACUAGCAUUCUCUUGCAAGCUUUGGUGGAAGGUGACUCAAACAGACUGCCUUUGGACUAAAUUCAUGAGGACUAAAUACUGGAGAAAAGGUGAUAUGGUGUCCCAUCUUAUUGACUCUCCCGUUUGGAAGAGGAUAUCUCGGAUUGCUGAAAAGGCUCAUAAUCUUUGCUACCACAAUGAUGAUGGCAGCUUCUCCUGGGCUGAUGAUCCACAAGGGCUUUUCUCCUUAAAAUCUGCAUAUGAAUAUUGCAGGAUUCCUUCCAAUGCUGCUGCGUCAUUCAAAGUUUAUGAUGAUUGGCUUACUAGGAUGCAGCUCCUCCCCACAUUCAAAAAAGAGGUAAAGGUUGGCAUUGUUAAAUGGACAGCUCCUCCUAAAGGUAGAUUAAAGCUAAAUGUGGAUGCUUCCUACACUCCAACAUGCCAAAGAGGUGCUGGAAUUCUUCGUGAUGAACAAGGAUCUUUCAUUGGGGCAGCCUCCUUUAGACUCUCAUGCAACUCUUCUUUCCAAGCGGAAGUCCAAGCUGCUAUUGAUGCGUUAACAUGGGCUCUGUUAAUCCAUAAGAAAAUUAUCUUGGAGAUGGAUGCACUUGAAGUGAUUAGGAGGAUCUCUAACUUCACCCACCUUGUUGCCUCCCCAUUUCCCAUUGGCAUUCUUUCGCGGCUGGUUUUUGAUAAUGGGAUUGAGGUUUCGCACGUUCUUCGGGAAUGAAAUCGGCCAGCUGAUACUUUAGCUAAAGAGGACAGGAUCAAGCAAGAUAUUAUUGUUUAUUACACUUCUUUUAAUUCUUGUCAUGUUAAUGUUAGAGCUGCUCUUGUUCAAGAGAUUGUCCCUUCUUUCCACUUUUAUAUAUAUACUCCCUCCGUCCAUUUUUAAUGUUCGUACUUUUCUUUUUCGUCCGUCCAUAAAUAAAGUUCAUGUUUCCUU